AUGUCGAGCGAUAAAUCGGAAAAGGGAGAGAAAUCAAACAAAAAUCGUGGUGGAAAAAAGCGGAACCUUUCUAUGAUUUGUUUGACAUUUCUUUGUGCUUACACAUCAUUUAAUGCAGUUGCUAAUUUACAAUCAAGUAUCAACAUCGAUAAAAAUGUUGGAUUAUAUUCUUUAGCAAUACUUUCUGGUGGCUCAAUAUUGUCUAGUAUUCUUUUUACUACUCCAUUGAUCUAUAUUUUGGGUUAUAAAUGGACGAUUGUAGCUGGACAAAUCGGUAUACUUAUAUAUAUUGCUGCUAAUAUGUAUCCAAAAGCGAUACUUUUAUAUCCGGUGGCAGCAAUCAGUGGUAUAUUUUGUUCAGCAAUGUGGACAACACAAAGCGCUUAUAUUACUGUACUUGGUGUUGAUGAGAAUCGACAUGAUAAUUCUGAUAUUCAAGUGAACAAAUAUUUUGGAAUUUUCUAUUCAGUAUUUGAAACUGCUCAAAUUUGGGGCAAUUUAAUAACGUAUUUUAUCUUACGAAAUGUUCGUAAAGAGUCAAGAUCCAAUUUUUCACAAUGCGGAGCAAAUUUUGUAUCAAAUACAAGUGAAAUAAAAAAUGAUGAAAGUACUAUUUCACCUAUGACAACUUAUAUUUUGUAUAGUGUGUUUGUUGGUAUUAUUUGUAUAUCCAUCGUAUUCGUUAUUAUUUUUCUUGAUCAAAAACGUAAACUUAAAGGUGAUGAUUCGAAAGGAGUAAUACAUCAAUCAAUAGAUUAUUCAUUAUUAACAUUGAAACAAUUUAAAAAACUAGAUCAUUGGCUAUUAAUUCCAAUAGUUUUUUGGAUUAAUUCAUGGGAAGCGUUCAUUUUUGGAAUCUACACAAAGAGUUUUAUUACAUGUACUAUUGGUAUUCAAUAUAUUGGUCUCGUGAUGGCUUCAUAUGGUAUUACCGCUUCUAUUGUCUGUAUCAUUGUUGGUUAUGUUGCUAAAAUAAAGUACAGUCGUCCAGUAUGUUUGUUAAGUGCAACAUCUGUGUCUAUUAUGAUAUUAAUGAUAAUGCUUUUAUGGAAACCGGUUCCUUCUCAAACAUACAUGCUGUACGUUCUUGCAUGUACAGCAGAUAUUACAGCAGUAGUUGCCAAGCCACUUGUUUCAGCUUUAUACAGUCAUUUAUUUGCCGAUACAAAAGAAAUGGUUUUUUCCAUAUUUUCAAUGAUUCAAAAUCUUGGAUGCAUCGUUGUGUAUUUCUAUUCACCAGUACUAAUUGUUCGAGUAUCAAUUAUCCUACAAAUUAUUUAUACAAGCAUGGCAAUGAUAUGUUAUAUAACUAUCGAAACUCGACUAAAUCGAAAAUAA